CCACAUCACUUGACCUCUACCCUCUAAUGGUUUCUUACUUCACACUAUCUAUUCUAAAUAUGUUCUCUGAAUGUAGAUAUUUGAAAUAUAGAUUGUCUCAGCGAUUAAGAGUGUUCCAUAUCUCUGCAGAUGUUUAAGUAACUGGGCAGUUACCAAAGAUUUUCUUUUUUAUCCCAUUUGAAGUUGAGAUUUCGGGGAACGAAAAUGAUUCAACUGAAUUUAGCUUUCUUUGUUUUCGGAAUAUUAUUUUGUAUUACGUCUUCUCUUAAUUCCUGUAUAGAAGAGAAAAGAAUAUCUGGAGAAGUGUCUUCCGAUAAGGAUGAAUGCAUAGAUAUACAUGUACCACCAAAUAAAUUUUUACGAUUGAAUAUUUUUCAGCUUAGACUUUACUAUUCGGAUUGCGCAAACCACAAGUUAGAAAUCAUUAUCAAAGGUUCUGAAGAUAAAUAUACUUUCUGUCAGGGUGACAGAAUUGGAAAUUUCAUUACUGCAGUAACUGACGUUCGUGUUUAUUUUCGCGCCUCAUAUUCGAACUUCAAACUGUAUUUCACUAUUAGUAAGUUAUUGUUUUUUGCACCACAUUUAUAUUAA